AUGCGACGGCGACAGUGCAUUUCCCUCCUUGUCAUCGCCUCCUUCAUCUUCCUCGCAUAUUCUGUACUCCAGCUGUCCAAACAUGGCGCGAGGCACGUGGUCCAAUCUACCCCGAAGGAAGCCAGUGAGGUACAGCCAGCGACACAAGUCGAGUGGGAGGAUGCACCAAAGGUCACAGGUGGCCCGAGGCCGAAACCGGUCCCCGGAACGGACUCGCAUCCGAUUGAGUAUAUCAUGAAAACCGCCCGGAGUGACUUUGAGGACGUCAGGAAGAAACAGUCCAAGACGUUGCCGGAGGCGGUUGAGGAGUACCGCAAGCGAUACGGGAUCCCUCCGCCGCCACACUUUGACAAGUGGUUCGACUUUGCCCAGAGGAACAAGGUACAGCUGGUGGACGAGUUCGAUACCAUUCAUCACUUGAUCACACCCUUCUGGGGCCUGAAGCCGAAGACGAUACGCGCGAGGGCCAAGGAAGCGCUGGGAUACGACAAUGCCCUGAUCGGAGUCGCCAUACGGAAUCACAAGGUUUCUUACAUCAACGGCGGUGAGGAGUGGCAGCGCCAUGCGACCGAGAGCAUGAUGGCCAAGUUCAUCCAGUACCUGCCUGACAUGGACUUGGCAUUCAACAUCCAUGACGAACCACGCGUCGUCGUGCCGCACGACGAUCUCUCUCGCCUCUUCACCAAGGCACGCAACGAGAAUAUGCCUGCAGCGAUGGCCAACAAGAAUCCCGUCAACGACUACUCGCGCACCGCGCCCGAGCUGCACAGCGGCAAGAUGUUUCAGGAGACCAAGCUCACUCGAUUCAAUGUCUUCGCCCAUCAGCCGACCUGGACGCACUCGCGGGUGUCGUGCCCGCCCGACAGCCCGGCGAGAAUUCUCGACGAUGAGCGAGCAGACGACGUGAGCCGAUACGGUGUCAGCGAUCUCGGUUUCGUCUACAAUGCCACCGCCAUGUCCGACAUCUGCCUCACUCCCUCUCUCGGCUCGACAUACGGCUUCUUUGACCGACCCAACGCUUACAACGUCGUCCACGAUCUCUUUCCCAUCUUUUCGCAAUCCAAGAUCUCGUCCUACAAUGACCUCGUCUACCCGUCCCCCUGGUACUGGCACCAGAAGGUCGCCUACAAGGAGAACAGGGACAAAGCCUGGGCCGACAAGCAGGAUCGCCUUUACUGGCGAGGUUCCACCACGGGCGGUUUCAGUCGCAACGGAGGCUGGAGGCGACAGCAUCGGCAGAAUUUCGUGAAGAAGAUCAACGCCGGCGAUGAAGCCUAUGUCAUGGUCAACAAGGGCUCCGAUGGCGAGAAGAGCGCCAAGUGGGAGGUCAAAAAGGUACCGCGCGGCGACUAUCGCAACCUCAUUGACGUUCACUUCACCCACGUCGGCCAAUGCGAUCCCGGCGACUGCGACGCGCAGGCCCAGUUUUUCGACCUCGCCGAUCACGUAAACCAGCAGGACGCCUGGGGCUACAAGUACCUCCUCGACAUCGACGGCAACGCCUUCUCCGGUCGCUUCUACGCCUUCCUCCAGAGUAAGAGCCUGACGUUUAAGCUCUCAGUCUUCCGUGAGUGGCACUCCGAAUGGCUUAAGCCUUGGGUCCACUUUGUCCCUCUCAGCCUUCAGGGCGACGACUGGCUCGAGGCGGUGCGCUUCUUCGCCGACGGCAGUCGAGGUAAUCGAGAGGCCGAAGAGAUCGCCAUCACGAGCAAGGAGUGGGCCAACAAGGUGCUCCGCAAGGAGGACAUGGAGGUCUGGUUCUUUCGCCUCCUGCUAGAGUGA